AGUGAUAGCAUAAUAUAGUAGCGUUUAAGUGUGUUUUGCUACGGUUUAUAUUUUAGUAGCGUUUUGCUUUUUCUAAAUGCUACUGAUAAGUUUUCAGAAAAACGAGUUUCUCGCGUUUAGUUAUCAAUAGCACUUUUUUGAAACAAACGCUACCUAUGUGAAGCGCGGAAACGUAAUUAGUUUGAGCGCCUAAGACUUAUCGAAAAUUAGAAGCCAUUUUCAGACUCCCUCCAUAGAAGCUUCAUGAACCAUUCUUUCCCUCUAACUCUCAUUUUUUUCAGAUUCCCUCCAUCGAACUUUCAGUCUCCAUUGAACUUUCAGUCUUCAUCUUUUUCUCCCUCUCGUUUCAAUCUCCUCCUCUAAACUUUCAGUUUUUGAGAUUUCCGUCACUCUCCUCCUCGGUAGCCGAAGAAUAAGCUCUAAUUAAGGUUCGUCAAUCUUAGCGAUUGUUCGUUCUCGUUAUUUAGGGUUAGAGGGUUUAGAUUCGUCGAGCUAAUUUCAUGUUUCUUUCUUAAAAAAAUUAGGGUUCUUUUUUUCUGUUUCUCGAUUUUUGUUCUAUUAGAUUCUGAUUCUCGAAAACCAUCUCGAUUUUUUGCAUUGACACUGUGAAAUUGGAGCUGUAAUAUGGACAAGUCCUGGGUUUGGCUUCCAAGGGCCAGCAAUGAUUAUGAAAAGGGGGCAACUGAUUUCGUGAAUAAGUCAGCGUUGAGGUUGGGUAAUCCUCUUCAAAUCUCAUGUCCCUGUGUCGACUGUCGGAACAUGUGUCACCAAAAUCUCAACACAGUCGUGGAGCAUUUAGUCAUAAGGGGGAUGGAUAAGAAGUACAAGAGGAAUGAUUGUUGGAGCGUUCAUGGAGAGAUAAGAAAGACGCAGACAGAUGAGUUUGAAAGUGUUGACCACUUAGAAGCAUACGAGUUGUUUAGAACUGCAUUCUCUGUUGCUGAAGACAAUCCACAAACCGGAGAGCAACCAGAAGUAUUUAAAGGUGAAGAAGACUCUGAGUUCAAGAAGAAAUUGCAGGAUGCAGAAACUCCACUCUACUCCAGCUGUCCCAACUACAGUAAGAUAUCUGCAAUCAUGGGAUUGUAUCACAUAAAAGUUAAGAGUGGGAUUUCAGAGAAUUAUUUUGAUCAGAUUUUGACAUUGGUACAAGACAUGCUGCCUCAAGGGAAUGUCCUUCCAAAGUCCACAGGCGACAUCAAGAAAUUUCUGAAGAUAUUUGGGUUUGGUUAUGAUGUUAUUCACGCUUGCAAGAAUGAUUGUAUUCUUUUUCGGAAGCAGUAUGAGGAUAUGGAUAGCUGCCCAAGAUGUGGUGCUUCAAGAUGGGAAGUUGAUAAGCGUACGGGGGAAAAUAAGAUUGGGAUUCCAGCAAAGGUACUACGGUAUUUUCCUAUCAAAGAAAGACUGAAGCGGAUGUUUAGAUCAAAGAGGAUGGCUAAGGAUUUGCAAUGGCAUUUCAGCAAUGGUAGUGAAGAUGAUACCAUGCGACACCCGGUGGACUCACUGACUUGGGCUCAGGUUAAUGAUAAAUGGCCAGAGUUUGCUUCUGAUCCGAGAAACCUUCGCCUUGGACUAUCUACAGAUGGUAUGAAUCCUUUUUCCAUUCAGAACACAAAGUACAGCACAUGGCCAGUCUUCUUGGUAAACUACAAUAUGCCUCCCAGUCUGUGCAUGAAGGCAGAGAACAUAAUGUUGAGUCUCCUCAUCCCUGGUCCAGCUGCACCAAGCAACAACAUCGACGUUUAUCUUGCUCCAUUGAUAGAUGAUCUGAUUGACUUGUGGAAUGAAGGUAUACAGGCAUAUGACUCAUUAUCCAAUGAGAAUUUCACACUCCGAGCUAUUCUGUUGUGGACUAUCAGCGACUAUCCAGGUUUGGGGACACUUGCUGGUUGUAAAGUGAAAGGGAAACAGGCGUGUACUGUAUGUGGAAAGGAUACACCUUUCAGGUGGUUGAAAUUUAGUCGAAAGAUGGUUUAUUUGGGCAAUAGGAGACGACUGAGGCCAGGGCACCCUUACCGACGCCGCAAAGCAUGGUUUGACAAUACUGUAGAGGAAGGGACUGCAAGCAGAAUUCAAACCGGAUCUGACAUAUUUGAGAUGCUCAAGGACUUGAAGAAUGAUUUUGGAAAACCUUUAGAGAAGAAAGGCAAGAAGAGAAAAUCUACUGUGGAUGAAGAUGAUGAGAUUGGAGGUGAAGAAUAUGAAGAAGAUACUGACCAAUGGAGGUGGAAGAAACGGUCAAUUCUAUUCGACUUACCUUACUGGAAGGAUAUGCCGGUACGUCAUAACAUUGACGUAAUGCAUGUGGAAAAGAAUGUGUCUGACGCCAUACUGUCCAUGUUGAUGCAUAGUGCGAAGUCAAAAGAUGGUGUGAAAGCUAGACAAGAUUUAGAAGAUAUGGGGAUUCGCAGCUCCUUACACACUGAGGUACGUGGAAAAAGGACAUACCUACCUCCAGCUUCUUAUUGGUUGACGAAGGAUGAGAAGAAGAUAUUUUGCAAGAGGUUAUCUGAAUUCAGAGGACCAGAUGGCUAUUGUGCUAAUGAAAGAUAA